AAAAGAAUGAAAUAUAUUUGAACAGCUCUCUGUUUCAAUAUAACUGAUGACUGCCAUUAUUUUCAGGCACAGGGGAAAUAGUAUAAUUGUUUAUCAAGAAAUUUGCUAAGGUGAAUGUCUGAAUAAGCAAGAAGAGCUGGCAGAUCUGCAUUCAAUGCACCCUGUGACUGCCUUUGCCUAGAUAGUCGCUCUGAUCAUCAACUGUGCCUCAACAAAAGUGGAGUGCAACAAUGGCGAAAGAAAUCUUUGGUCGUUUACCACCCCUCCCAUCAAUCUCUGAAGUCUUGCGUAUGUAUCGAGUUCAUGCCAAGAAAUCUCUCUCUCAGAACUUUCUACUGGAGCCUAAAUUAACCAGUAAAUUUGUCUCAAGAGCUGGCAAGAUUCGUGGAUCAUAUGUGUGUGAGGUUGGUCCAGGAGCAGGAAGCAUCACACGCAGCAUUCUGGCGCAGCGUCCCAAGCACAUCGUAGUCGUGGAGAAGGACGCGCGCUUCUUGCCAUCGUUACUUAUGCUGCAGAAUGCAUGCCAGGGACACAUGUCCGUUGUGUUGGGGGAUAUACUAAAAUUUGAUAUGAGCAAACUCUUCCCAAGAGAAACAGAAAGACCUUGGGAAGAUGAAUGCCCCCCAAUUCAUAUCAUUGGCAACUUGCCCUUCAACGUUAGUUUGCCACUAAUUAUUAAAUGGCUUAGAGCUAUCAGCAAGCAUGAUAGUGCCUGGCGAUAUGGCCGGGUUAAUAUGACUUUAUCUGUUCAGGAAGAAGUUGGGGUGAGAAUAACUGCAGUUCCCGCGCACAGCCAACGCUCUCGUUUGUCAGUUAUGUGUCAAAAUUGGUGCGAGGUUGAGCACUUGUUCACUAUCCCGGGCAGAGCCUUCGUCCCUCAACCAGACGUCAAUGUGAGCAUCAUCAAGUUCACGCCUCGCAUCCGGCCAUUGAUCGACAUGGAUUUUGAUCUUUUUGAAAAGUUUGUCCGUGUAAUGUUCAGUAUGAGACAAAGGCAGUGCAAGCAUCCUUUACAGCGGCUGUUCCCUAUACACAAAAGGGAAGAAUUGGCUACCAAGCUUUUCACUGUGGCCGACGUUGACCCAAAUGCCCCAUCUUUCAACCUUACUUUUGACGAGCUGGAGCGGCUCAGUUUAACGUACGGACUGAUAGUAGAACAGCACCCUGAGCUCAGGCAUUAUGACCACAUCAACCCUGCCUGCAUCGCUGAAGAUAAAGCGAGGAUUUCAUUACUCAGCUCUAAAAAAAUCCCCAGGCUAUCGGCCGAAUAAUGCAUGGUCACGGUCCCUGUUACCAGUUCUCUUGCUUCUGUUCAUAAGAUGAAACUUAGCAACGUAUGACUUAAUUGACGUUCGCCUCAUUCAACAUCAUGUGGACUUGAUUGCAUUUUCCCCUAAAUGGUUACUUGAAAACGUCAGUAUCUACUAUCUAUGCCCUCGAAUGACAACUUUGAUGUGAUGCGUGGAGGGAGAAUUGUUUUUGUUACCAUUGAUGUACAUAAAGGUUGAAAUAAUAAUACAAUGUUGGAUACAUAACAUCCUUCAAUAUAA